AUGUCUGACCUCGAGAAUAUGGACACUCUUCGCUUUCGCGAACGAGUCCACCAGCGCCGACAACACAGUCAACCACUCACCGACGAGGAAAUCACCUACAUUACACAGCAGAGCGCAGAGCUUGCCGACGAAUCAUUAACAGGUGAGAUCUUUCGGGCUAAGAGUACCCGAGACCAGGUGAAUCCGGACCAGAUUCGAUGGGCGUCCAAGGCCGAGCAAGUCUUGAGCAAGCCGUUGAAUGAGAUCACAAUGGAUGAUGCCAGGAAUUUAACCUCAAAGGAGGCGCGUGCGUUUGCGGAUCUCCCUGCGACCGGAUCAGUGGCCUCGCAUGUUCAUUCGGCAGCGGAAAAGAACGCCGAUGGCUCGUAG